AUGUCGUCAUCGUCUUCGCCUCCUCCCCCGUGGUUGCUACAAAAAUUAUUUGGCGACCCGGUCGUGCCUAGCAAAGGUGGAAGAGUUAAACUGACUGACGUUAACCGUCAACUAAUUUGCGUCUUAUGCCUUGGAUACUUGGUAGACGCUACUUCCAUCGUCGAAUGUCUCCAUUCUUUUUGCCGGAGCUGCAUUGUACUGCAUUUGGACAAGAAUAAUUUUUGUCCGAUAUGUCGAGAAGAUAUUCAGAACAGCAAAGUUCUCAAGCCCGAUAAAGCAUUACAAGACAUCGUGUACAAAUUAGUCCCGGGACUAUAUCAUUCAGAAAUGAAACGUAGACAAGAAUUUUAUCAAAAACACCCUCACAGAGACAUGCAUUUACAACCGGAAUGUCGGGGUGUAAGUGUGGAUCGAAUCGUAUAUACAGCUGAUGAAUUAAUUAGCUUGUCAUUGGAAUACUACGAUAAAGUAUGUGAACAAGAAAUGUGGAAAAACGUCACGGAUGAUAAAGGCUUACAGUACAAAGUGAGAACUGAUAAGCCACAACGAUGUAUUGUGAGGAAACGGUAUUUGAAGUGUCCCGCAGCCGUUAGAAUGUCACACCUCAAGAAAUUUAUUCGACUGAAGUAUAACCUAAAACCUUGGGACAAAGUUGAAUUGCUGUACAGGAGAGAAAGCCUACCAGAAGAGUACUCGAUUAUGGAUAUCGCAUAUAUUUACACAUGGAACAGAAACGAACCUAUGAGGUUCUUUUACAAGAUUAAUGCACGUAUGAUGGUGCCCGUAAUAUUGCCGACGGAUCAACGUAGUACAACGUUGACAGAUGUCGUAACCACCGAACCGGUAUUAUCACCGGUACCUAACACUGCUAUGGAAAUGACCCCAUUAUCACCACAAAUAAACGUGUCGGGUUUUAAACCGAUCAUCGAAUCGACAGAAGAUGAUAAGAAAAAAACUGUACCACAACUUUUGAAACUACCAGUCACCGAAGAACCAAUAGUGAUUGAGGGAGGACAACAGUCCAAAACAGAAUCGAGCCUAAAAGAACCUGCAUUAAUGAUCGCAACAACCGAUGUAUCAAAAAAAGAUCGUCGAUCAUCUCCUCCUCUGCCAAUAGAACCACUGAAUCCUCCCAUAUCACCGGAAGGUAGUUCGAGGAAGGAAAAUGUUUCAGAUAACGUCAGGAACAAUUGUGCCAUUGAACUGUCGAAAUCAAUUCCCUCACUGGCUAUAGCGAAGGAAGAGGAAAAAUGUGUCGAUCUUGUUGAACAUCAACAAACCGGCAGUACAACCGCCGAAAUACCUAUGAAAAAACUGGAAAAAUUAGUUGACCAGCAGCAAAUACUGCCUAUUGCUGUUGCUAGUAAUCCUCCACCUUCUGCACUACCAUUGCCGAAGAAACACACUAGUGUCGGUGAAUCCAAGCUUAAUCUAUCCAUCACGAAACUGAUCAUGAAGAACAAGAAUGCCUCAGCUGCUGCCAAAUUCGUUCCUACUUUGCAGCAGAUGCAACAGAUAGGUAUGCAUACAUCCAUACCUAGCUUUCAACAACAGCAGCAGCAACAAUCUUCGUCUCUACAACCGAAUGCGUACGUACGCCCUGGAUUCCCCGGCAUGCAUCCGUUCAAGAGAACUCCGGAUGCGGUGCCUGUUCGGAGCCAAGCGUCUACCAAUCGCCCACCUUUUAUACCGGUCCGCAAGUCUUAUGAGUGGAAUAAGGCCAGAAGCUUAGCGGCCAAACCACAUCCGUCACCUGUAACGAAUUCGGUGAAAGACAACAAGCCGAAUGAGAAGUCACCUAUGACAGUGGUAGAAAAUCCGACCAAGAAACCGAUAGCUGAUAAACUUCCUCCAACUGUCCCCAACACUUGUAUGUUAUCGAAAAAUUUGGACGAAAUGAACGCGGCACAAAGUCUUUUAAAAGUUGGACAAGACCUUCGGCUCUUAAAGCCGUCAACUGUCACCGAUUUGCAUGACAAGUAUAACUGUGAAUCGUCGCUACAAAUAACCAAAGUCACAGAGCCAGAGACUAAUCAAUUGCCGGCUGUUCACGAAAAUCACUCGAAUUCUCAGCCCAGUUUACAGAUAAUGCGAGUGCCUACCGCCACAGAUAAGUUAACAAAACCUACAGCAACUACAGAAAUUAGCAACGGUAAUAACAGUGGCAAUACCGUAGUGGUUCCGAUCAAACCGGUCAAUAAGAAACCCGUACCAAGCCUCUACAGUAUGCCAACGAAACGGACGAAGGAAGACACUAACGUACAACACAACAACGUUACAGACAACAAUCGUAUAGAGAGGCGCGUGGACACAGAAAAUGGCGUUCUUAGUGUUUCCCUGUUAACCGAGACUUCUAAGCAAGAUAUGGAUGCCAAGCGUCGUGAAGUCGUACAACCGGACGUGUCUAUCAAGCUGAUGACGUUCGCUACAGAAUCGGUGAAGAAAGCUCCGGAAUUGAGUCCACUCAUCGCUGGUGGUAGCUGUAACAGCAAGAAAAAAUCGGAUGAAUUGAAUCCCAUCGGUAGCAGUGGCGCUAACAACAAAAAGAAAUUGGAUGAAUUGAGUCCCAUCGCUGGCAGUGGCGCCAACAAUAAGAGGAAAUUGGAUGAAUUGAAUCCUAUGGUUUGCAAUGGCAUCAACAACAAGAGGAAAUCUGAUGAAUUGAGUCCCAUUGGUAGCAGUAGCGCUAACAACAAGAGGAAGUUAGAUGAGCUGAAUCCUAUUGCUGGUGGUAGCGUCAACAAGAGGAAACAGGAAGACCCUGAACGGAAGGUGACGCCUCCAAGACUUGGACUGAAUAAGGAUGACGUACCGCAAUUGAUUGAGAUCAACUCAUCACCGUACGCUAAAUUGUUGCCUCCCAAAAAACAGCAACCUACCCCAAAACAGCAACAAUCAUCGAAACACCAACCUGUUACGAAACAGCAUUCGGCUAUGAAACACCAACCUACCUCAAAACUUCAACCGGCUACCAAAGUCUUGGACUUGUCCAAGUCUCCACCAAAUGGCUGCGUAAAACGAUUAGCUGCGACCGACGUCUCCGGUAAUAGUUCUUCACCAAACACGAAGAAAUCAACCAGCUCUGUGCAAAUGGUACAGCCAACGAUGACCUCAUCUACUUCGCCGGCCAUCAACUCUAAUCUAUUGUUUGCGGCCCAAAGGCAGGCCGCCGCAUACCUGUUGAAACAACAUUUCGAAACAUUGAACAAUGGACUGAUAAGUAACGCUGGCAGAGGACCCGUCGAGUGGCCUAGAACCAUGUUCAAUCCUGGGCUGUUCGUCGCCAGGCCACCUACUAACCUAAACAAUUGA